GUACACGCGUUUCGGGACCGCAGGAGCACGUUUGUCACAGCGGCCACACUGCAACGGGACAAUGUUUAACAGCCUUCGCAGGGAUUUCGACGAAGAUCCCUUCUUCUCGGAUCCGUUCGGGGCUCAUAAUGAGCGCGUGCGGGGGAUGAUGCGGAGCUUCUCCGAGCCGUUUGGGCGGGGCCUGGAGGAGGGGCGGGGCCCUGAGCCGCGUCUGGAGGAGGGGCGGGGCCACAGGCACAGUCAGGGCGGGCCCAGCUCCAGCCUUGCUCUGCGACAGGACCACAUGGGCAUGGACCUCUUCAGAAGCCCCUUCCACAUGAUGGACAACAUGAUGGCUGGGAUGAGGAACAGGAUGGACAACAUGCACAGGAACAUGGAGAGCCUCUCCACAGAGCCCAGCUCACACUCCUACAGCUCCUCGUCAGUGAUGACGUACUCUAAGGUGGGGGAGGAGCCAGCCAAGGUGUUCCAGGCCGCCAGUCAAACACGGAGCGCUCCAGGAGGGGUGAAGGAGACGCGGCGCUCACUGAAGGACUCGGAGAGUGGGGUGCAGAAAAUGGCGAUCGGACACCACAUCCACGACCGAGGUCACGUGAUCGAGAGGAAGCACAACACACACACCGGAGAGCGAGAGCUCAACCAGGACUUCCAGAACAUGGACGAGACUGAGGCACAGACGUUUGACGAGGAGUGGCAGAGGGAGGUGUCCCGGUUCUGCCCCCCCGCCCCCCUGUCCCGCCUGCAGGCCCCCCCCCCCCGGGCCGCCCGCCGAGCCGCCAUCGCAGCCCCCCCAGAUCCCCGGAGGGGGAAGCUGAAAGCGGAGGAGAGGAGAGAACCGCAGGAACCCUGAGGGCCCGCGAGGAAGGGGCGGCCUCAUGCCCACCUUCUCCCACGUUCCCCCACGUUCUCCCACGUUCCCCCACGUUCUCCCACGUUCUCCCACGUUCCCCCACGUUCUCCCACGUUCCCCCACGUUCUCCCACGUUCUCCCACGUUCCCCCAUGUUCUCCCACGUUCCCCCACGUUCUCCCACUUUACCCCACGUUACCCCACGUUCCCCCACGUUCUCCCACGUUCCCCCCCGUUCCCCCACGUUCCCCCACGUUCUCCCACGUUCCCCCACGUUCCCCCGACCUGUUCCCCAGAUCCGCCCAGACUCACACCCCUCUCCCAGCCCAGCUCCUCCCACCUGUGUGACCUGCAGACGCGGAGCUGUUUCCCAGCACGUCUGACUCUGAGAUCCGUCUUCAUGCUUCACGCCUGAGAGACUGUAGAACUUUGGCCUCAUCACCGUAGUGAUCUCAUCACCUGAAGAUGUGGACAUAGAAGCCUCAAGAUUUUUACUGUGGCCUUUGCGUUUGUCAGUAAUAUCCUGUGGUGUUUGUGUUUGUCAGUAAUACCCCGUGGUGUUUGUGUUUGUCAGUAAUACCCCGUGGUGUUUGCGUUUGUCAGUAAUACCCUGUGGUGUUUGCGUUUGUCAGUAAUUGCUGUAAUUUGUACAUUUGGAUGCUAUAAUAAAGUGAUGCAGAAAUGCUUUGGAGCUGAA